AGGUGAGAGAUGUGAAAUGGAUGUCAACGAGUGUGAGGAAGCAGUGGUACCCCCGUGCAUGAACGGUGGCACGUGCCAGGACUCCAUCAACGGCUUCACCUGUCUGUGUGCUGACGGCUGGACAGGUCAGCUGUGCCAUCAGGUGAAGAGUGCAUGCCAAUCCAAUCCAUGCUUGAACAACGGGACCUGCGCCAGCACUUCCAGCAGUUUCACCUGCGAGUGCACACCUCAGUUCGCAGGUAAACGAUGCGAGCUUGAUGUUGACGAGUGCGCUGUCUUGUCGUCUAGAUGUCAAAACGGGGGACAGUGUGUGAAUACACUCGGAGGAUUCGCAUGCACCUGCUCUCCAGGCUACACCGGCGAACACUGCGAGACAGAGAUCGACGAAUGCGCCAGCCAACCGUGCUUCUUCAACGGCACCUGCGUCGACCUCAUCAACAACUUCCGGUGUGAAUGCGCAGACGACUUCAUGGGCCCGCAGUGCGAGGCCGUAGUCAGGCGCUGCUCGCUGGAAGGUCCGUGUGGGGAUCAUGGGGUAUGCGUGGAGAAGCCGGCAGGCGGCUAUAUCUGCUACUGCCAGCCCGGUUUCCACGGCAACCGAUGCGAGUUUAACAUUGACGAAUGUUCGUCUAGUCCCUGUCGUAAUGGCGGCUCGUGUACGGACGCCAUCAACAAGUACUCUUGCUUCUGUCGACCAGGUUACACGGGUGUGAACUGUGAGACAGACAUACCCGAGUGCGGCAGUCAGCCCUGUCAGAACGGGGGCACGUGUGUGGAGCCUCAGCCAGGCUUGUUCACCUGCACCUGCCCACCUGGAUUUACCGAUGCUUACUGCCAGACAGACAUCGAUGACUGUGUGGCAUCCGUCUGCCAGCCUCCCAGACGCUGCGUUGAUUUGAUUGGUGGAUUCUUAUGCCAAUGCCCACCCGGAAUGACGGGAGCAAACUGCGAGACCCACAUCAGCGCCUGCAGCAGCAGCCCCUGUCUGAACGGCGGGAGCUGCACGGACGAGGGCGACACCUUCCGCUGCCACUGCCCCUACCCCUACAGCGGGGACAACUGCGGCAUCCGCACCGACCCCUGCUUCCCUAACCCCUGUCUGCAAGGAGGGACCUGCUACCACGACAGCCUGUCCCCCAAAGGCUUCAGCUGUUGGUGUGCACCCGGCUUCAUCGGCGAGCUUUGUCAGGGGGACGUGUACGACUGCCGGUCCAGCCCGUGUCACAACGGGGGCACGUGCCAGGAGCGGACUGACGGCGUGGGCGGCUACAGCUGCUUGUGCACGUCACGCUUCGCUGGCCGCCAGUGCGAGACCCGGGUGGACGCGUGCACAGCUGCACCUUGUCAACACGCGGGCACGUGCAGCCUGACUGCUGGGGGCGAAGGUUUCACGUGCCUGUGCGCGCCAGGAUGGAGAGGUGUGACCUGCGAAUCAGACAUCAACGAAUGCACGGAAGGUGCUGUAGCAUCAGCAGCAGCAUCAGCAGCAGCAGCCUCGCCGUGCGACAACGGCGGCCAGUGCGUCAACACGGCGGGGUCAUACCGGUGCGUGUGCUCCGUGCUGUGGACAGGCCAGCGCUGCCAGCUCGACGUCCUGGAGUGCCAGGGGCAAGGCGCUGCCAUGGCAACCAUCCUGAGCGCAGGAGGCGGCGAGACGGUGUACUGUUUGAACAACGGGACCUGUCUGGAGCAGGCAGGAGCUUUGCCCAAGUGCGUGUGUCCAGCGGGGUUUACCGGAAGCAGGUGUGAGGUCAAACUAGAAGGAUGCGAAUCUCAGCCUUGUCAGAAUGGAGCCACGUGCGGUUCGCAGGUGAACAGCAGUUCAGUGACCUGCACCUGUGCAGCAGGGUUCACAGGAAACCAUUGUGAAACCAACAUAAAUGAAUGCCAGACAACAGACUGGUGUCGGAAUAACGCUACCUGCCAAGACACGUGGGGUGGGUUCACCUGCGCGUGCCAGGCCGGGUGGACGGGACUCCUUUGCGAGACGAACAUCGAUGACUGUGACACUGUCGUCUGUCAGAACGGAGCUACCUGUGCGGAUGAGAUCAAUGGAUUUCGCUGCGUCUGUCCACCUGGAUUUGCAGGCACGUAUUGUGAACGAGAGAUAAACGAGUGUUCCUACCAGCCGUGUCUCAACAACGCGACAUGUGUGGACCUUGUCAACGGCUUCACCUGCAUGUGCUCACCUGGAUUUUCAGGUACUACUUGUCACGAGGACAUCGACGAUUGCUUGUCACAACCGUGUGCGUCUGGCAGCACGUGUGUCGACUUGCUCAACGCUUUCGUCUGCAUUUGUCCGCAAGGUGUUACAGGAGCUCUGUGCGACACCGAUGUCAAGGAGUGCAGGCUGGCGCCAUGUCAAUAUGGCGGCCAGUGCUCGGAGCCCGAGAGGGGAAGCUACCUGUGCAGCUGUCCACCUGGAAUAACUGGUACCAACUGUGAAGAGGUUCGGACGGCAAAUUUUAACGGCUCGAACGUCCUCGUGCUGCCGUCGUUGGUGUACCUAGGUGGAGGAGGGUUGAGUGGAACUUCGAGCAGAAGACGAAGGAGUGUGGAGGACUCAGCCGCGACUGAGCUGCAGAUUCGAUUUACAUACACAACGACUUUUCCUAACGGGGUGCUGCUGUUUGCGACAGGGACUUCUUCCGAUUCAAGACCUCAACACCUGAGUGUCGAGCUCAACUCUGGCCUCCUUCGGAUCACGCAGAGUGAUGGGACCUACUCGCUAGACGGCGCUCUUCGGUUGCCCGCUGCCGAUCACGCCAUCUACAGUCAAACUGUCGACAUCCUAAUAACCAGAACGACCAUUGACCUGACCCUUGACCCUCACUCGUGCGCUGGUGGCGCCAGCUGUUCUCUGAGGCUGUCAGGGGAAGACAACGCCACCAUGCUGUACCUGAGUGGACCGCUGUACUUCGGAGGUGUCGCUGACAUCACACCCUACAUCAGGAGUAAGCUCAACACUGGGGAUGGAUUUGUUGGCUGCUUAGGGAACUUGGUCGUCUCGGGAAACAUUGUCAACCUCAUGCCACCGGCUUCUAACACGUCGUUGUCAUCAAACACCUCCUUGACAAGGUUGACGACAACAGCGACGACUCCAGCACCGCCGACAUCAACAACCACACCAUCACCAACGCCGCAGACAAUCGCUCUGCCGACCCCAGGGUGCGAGACCCACGAGCCCUGCCCAGACUCCUACUGCCAAAAUGGCGGACGGUGCGUGGACACGUGGACCAACAAGUUCUGCGACUGCGCCACUGGGUACACUGGCCGCCAGUGCGAGGUUCAAAACAUGGCGCAUUUCACCGCCGAGUCCAUGAUGCAUUUCGGAAGCUACGCGGAGAUCACCAACCUCAGCUUCUGGAUCAGCGCCACGGAGCCCGAUGGUGUCAUCUUGUACACGGUGACCACGGACAUGCUGGCCCUGGUACUGGACGGAGGCCAGCUUCGUCUCCAUCUUGUGUCACGAGGAUCUGACGUCAUCAGUCGCGUGGGUAAUAAUCUGGACAAUGGAGACUGGUUUCAGGUCAAAGUGACCCUCGCCACAGGUCGCUACACUGUCGAGGUGUACGGCGAGAGGACGGGGCUGUAUGGGGCAGCUACGGGUACUGUAGCCAACUUCAUCUUGGUCACCCGACCUCUGUUUCUGGGACGUCUGCACAGCCACCCGGCGGUCGACAAGUGGAGACAGCGACCCACUCCACUACCAACUGACGUCAGUUUUGACGGCUGCCUGCAAAACCUCGUCAUCAACAACCCUGUAGAUCUUCAGGACCACGUGACUUCUGUCUUCGGUAACGACCCACCCGUCCCCACACCCGGGUGUCCACGAGAAGACACAUGUCAGGGGGAGCCGUGUCACAACGGUGGGGUGUGUCGCCCGCAGUGGGGAGGCUACUCCUGCUCUUGUGCUGCAGGGUUCCAGGGAGAGAACUGCACAGAAGCAACGGCUGUGACGUUUGACGGUUCCACAAGUCACGUGCUACUGCAGGUGGACCGCACCAAGUUCGGGUUCGGCAACACGGCCAGCGUGCAGUUCCGCACUCGUGCUGCCACGUGUUUGCUGCUGCUGCUGCAGUUCGUGUCGCUGAGCGGCGGCCUGGACAAGUUUGUGGAAAUCCGACUGUACCAGGGCCACCUACAGGUCUACUCCAGCUUCAGUCAAAGUCAGAGGUCAUCCGAAAACCGUUACGACGAUGGCGAGUGGCACACUCUCACCUGGCAGAGGAUCCAGUCGUUCCUUUUAUUGUCCUUUGAUGACACCGCCAUGUAUAUUUACGCUAAUAUGAAUCCCUUUGAUCCCCGGCUGAGCCAGACGCUGCAGGUAUACGUUGGUGCCCGACCGUUUACAGCAGGUGAGACAGGUGACAACAGUUACCUGAUCAGCCACUUCAAAGGUUGCCUCCGGAACCUGACCUUCAACAACGUCAACGUCCCCUUUGUCCAGAGCCCCACGACCCCAGCAGGGGUCACGGUCACUUCCGUCAACCUCACCGCUGGUUGCCAGGGUGAACCCGUCUGCGACGUCAACCCUUGUCCGGCCAACUCGUACUGCCAGGACGACUGGGACAGCUUCUCCUGCCCCUGCGUACCCGGAUGGACAGGGUCAGGGUGUGCGGAGAGCGUGGACGACUGCUUGGGUCACGACUGUCACAACAACGCCACCUGCGUGGACGGGCACCAGGUAUACACCUGUCUCUGCCCGCCUGGCUUCACAGGUAAGCUCUGCGAGAAUGAGUUCCAGCCGUGCGACGAUGGCGCGUGCUCGACGGAGAACACCAUCAACUGCACGGUUACUGAGGACGGCAACGGCUACCGGUGUAACUGUCAGCCGGGGUGGGAAGGGGUCCACUGCGAGCUCAAUGCCGACUCCUGCGUCAGUCAGCCGUGUCUAAACAACGGGACCUGCACGGACCUGCUGGGAUCAUUCAGGUGCGAGUGUUCGGAGGACUUCUUCGGCGAGAGAUGCGAACUGCGGCGCGUGUGCUCGUCCAGUCCAUGCUUCAACCGAGGCACGUGCGUGGCGGACGUUAGCAACGCCAGCUUCUCUUGCGAGUGUGUGGACGGGUACGUGGGAGAGCUGUGUCAGACCUACGACCACUGCAACGACAUGCAGUGCCGGAACAACGGCACGUGCGUGUCGAACUCUUCCUCGUCCUUCUGUGAUUGCGGCCCCGGCUACUACGGAGCCUUCUGUCAGUUCUACGAUCACUGUGUCAGCGCGCCAUGUCUGAACGGUGGCGAGUGCCGGAGCGACGUCAGCAACUUCCGGUGCGCAUGUCCGUUCUAUUUUUCCGGUGACAGGUGCGAGGCACCCGUUAAUCAAUGCGAGUUUAACCCCUGCUACAACGGCGCUACCUGUGUGUUUGACGUCACGAACGCAACUUCCGGUUACGUCUGUCUCUGUCGGGAGGGAUUCACUGGAGCUCACUGCGAAGAUGACGUUCAGGAGUGUGCGUCAGACCCCUGCCAGCACGGAGGGACAUGCAUGGAUAGCUCCACGCAGCCUGACGCCAUCUUCACCUCGGGGUUCGUCUGCAGGUGUCCGGCAGGGUUCACAGGGGACAGGUGCGAGGAGAACAUCGACGGCUGCGCCAACGGUCCUUGCCUGAACAACGGAACUUGUCUGGACGGACCCGGUAACUACACCUGCGCAUGCGCGUCCGGGUUCUCCGGUGUGGUGUGCGAGGAGGACGUGCGCGGAUGCCAGUCCAGCCCCUGUCUGAACGCUGGCACCUGCCGGGAGGAGGCGAACGCGUCCUACAGGUGUGAUUGUGCGGAAGGCUUUGAAGGGGAUCAUUGCCAGGUGCACGUGGACGACUGCCAAAACCACACCUGUAAAAAUGGUGCUACCUGUGUGGAUGGUACCCUGGGCUACAGCUGUUUAUGUCGUCCUGGAUACACAGGACCACUAUGUGAGAGCGUGGAUAACGCCUGCUACACCAACCCUUGCUUCAACAACGGGCGCUGCUCCUACCGCGGCCAUUGCUCCUGCUCUGACGUCAUCGCGCGGUGCGGCUGGGCCAACAGCUCCUGCCAGCUGGACGUGUGCUCCAACCGCCACGACUGCCAGCCUUACCUGGCGCCGUUCACCUGCAACUGUUCACAGACAGGCUUCGCGGGGCCGCAGUGCUCGGAAGACGUGGACGAGUGCGAGCAAGACAACCCUUGCUGGAACAGGGGCACGUGCCAGAACCGCUUUGGCGGAUACACUUGCUUGUGCGAGAGCGGUUACCAAGGAGAUCGUUGCCAAGACGACGUUGACGAAUGUAAUGUCACGGACAUCUGUUUCAAUGGAGGCACGUGCUUGAACACCCCGGGUAGCUUCACAUGUGCGUGUCUGAGCGGGUGGACCGGUCCGCGAUGUGGUCAGAACGUGGACGACUGCCAGUCCCGGCCCUGCCUCAACGGGGGCACGUGCACCGACCUGGUCAGUGGGUACAGGUGCACCUGCACGGGAACAGGCUUCCAGGGCGACAGCUGCGAGAAGAACAUCGACGACUGCGUCAACAACCAGUGCAAGAACAGCGCCACGUGCGUGGACGGCGUCAGACAGUACUUGUGCAAUUGUUCUGGAACUGGCUUCGAGGGCAAGUACUGUGAUAGCGAUGUUGACGAGUGCCGGACCUCGCCAUGUCGAAACAACGGCACGUGCUUUAACGAACUCAAUGCCUACCGAUGCUUGUGCACCAACACCGGUUACCAAGGAGACAAAUGCGAGGACGACAUCGACGAAUGUGUGGAAGAGGAACACAACUGUUCGCAGACGGCUUUUUGCGAAAAUAGUCUUGGUGGCUACCGCUGUAGCUGCCAUGAUGGCUUUGCUGGCGAAUUCUGCGAAAGUCAGAUUUCUGGGUACUUCCCGCUCCGGGACAAAAAUGGAAUCAUCGUCGCCUGCAUUGUUGUGGUGGCCAUCGCUUUGGUCGUUGGCGCAUAUGUCGUGUGGUACAUUCGGAGGUCUCGGAGGAUGAAAGGAGAGUACAAGCCAUCUGAGGCCGAGCAGAACAACACCACGGGUAUACCCUUGGACAAGAUGCCCGAUGCUUUCACCGAGCGGUUGAUAUGAGGGGGUGUAAGCAGCAGAGGGGGUGUAACUCAUCCAGGAGUUCAGGCCGUUUAUUUUGACUGUCACCAUCGAAGUGGUGAUCCGUCUUGGUUGAGUUGAAACGUGGAUACUAUACACUGAGAUCUUACUAAGACGAAGGACAUUUAAUAUACAGUUGACAGUGGAGAUUAUGGACAAUAUAUAUCGGACAUUAACUGAGAGGCUAAGACGAUGGCAAAGGCCAUGAUUAGAAUGGUCUAACGCUAAUUAAUGGUUGACCUGAAGACUGAUGAUUCUGAUGAGCAGAGAAUAAGUGGAUUUAUUGCCAAAAAUGUUAUGUAAGCAAACCGAACACUUUUCUUGGUGGAUCAGCCAGACAUUCGUUGGGCACAUGUGACAUGUGUUCAGCAGUUGCUGUCGUUGAGUAACUACACUAAGUCGAGAGACAACCCAGUGGUUCUUUGUCCAAGAAAAAAAAACCCAAACCCACAAAACUUUGCAAAGCUGCACCUAUGUGGAGGACAGGUAAAAAUGUAUUUAAAAUGAGGGCGAAAGUUGUUUUAACCCGACAGCUUUAAUUUGAGUUUUCUGUUUUGUAAGCUUGUUUUUUGUUGUUGUAAUUUUGAUUGUAAAGUGUACAUUCUUGAUAGGCCAGCACGCUUUAGCUUCAAAUAGUGGAGUCUUCUGCAUUAUGCAUCAUGUGCCAAACAAGGUUUAGUUCUGUUCUGGUGAUAGACGACCUUUGACAUUACCACUCGAGCAGCCGAGGGCAGAGGCAUUAAUUAUUAUUCUCGAAAUAGUGAUCGCGUGACAUCACAAAAGUCGUUUGUGAACAAUCUCGUACUUCCAGCAGUCUGGUGACGUCACACUGUUUUGUGUGCUUCUCACUGCAUCCACUCCCCCCCCCCUCCUUGUAAUGUGUGACCCCCCCACCUACCCCGCCUACCCCACCUCACUUGCAUCAACGUGACGUAACUUGACGUGACGUAACAUCUCAGAGCUUCCUUACUCUAACCAUCCAUCUGACCUCGGUGGGUGUGUCACUCAGGUUGCUGCCUGCCGAGGAUGGGGGUUGGGUAGAGAAGAAACGUCACCAUUAAGCAGCUGGUGACGUGGAUGAUGGUGGAUAUCGUGCGAUACCUGCAGCUUUCUUUUGAUCUCAUGUCUUGUACAUCACCUUUGUGACAACCUGCUGCGCAUGCGCGCGUCUGUGAGAGAGCGUGAGUGAGUGGACUCCGUGUUCGUGCUGUUUUUAUUUAUCUGCACUUUAUAACGAGAAUAGUUUUCGAUGCUGUUUAUCCAGGGUGAAUUUUCUUUGCCUAACCAUUCCCAAGAACACGCUAUCCUUUUAUUUACAAGCAGAAAUGACACCUAUUUACAUAUUUACAAGUUUACAGAUCCAUAUCCACAAUGUCUGCCUUAUGCUUGUAUCAAAGAUUUAUUUAACUGUAUUUAUCUGAAGUAAGAUUUUCUACUGUUUGACAGUCGACAAUUUGCUCCCUCUGGCUCCCUGACUCUUCAAAGUUUUGUCUUUGGCCUCCUACUGUUUGCCUCGGUCCAAUGAAGCGGAGUUUGUUAGACGAUGUGCAAUGGCGCCUUCACCUUUGCUUUUGGUCGAAAUAUUUUUGCUGCAAUAUCUCCCCGCUGUUCUAAGACAUUUAAUUCUGGACAAAAUUUUAAAAAAUUCAUUAAAGCUUCAUUUGGAUGGUUAGGCUUGAUGACGUGUCAUUAACCGUAGUCAAACAGUAGAAGGCCAGUUUCUCUGGUUGUGGAACUAUAGCAUAUACAUCCUGUUAGGUGCACCUGUUGUUUGCUUAAUUAGUGAUGACAAGUUCAGGUUAAAAGUUGACCUUUAUUUAAAAAAAUAUCCUUGCCAGUUUGUUAUUUUUUUAAAACAACAACGACAGUGCUUACAACGAUUUUUCUUUCAAAUUCAUUUUUUAGCCACCAUCUUCACCGCCUUUGUCGCAUCCACCACUACACUGAUUUAAAUAUGUCCAAAACACAAAUUUUGUGUAAAUCUUUUGAGUUUUAUCAUGUUAUUUUGUUUUAUAAUCAUACUUUGACCCCAGAAAAAUUAACAUAGCUGCUCACUCGUUCUGAUUAAUUAAAUCCAUGUAACUCAUUUUCUGCUGAGUAUGUUCUCUAUUCAAAUCUUUAUCCUGAAGCCAAAAUAUUCGUUGAGAGUAUUUUCUCUACUUUUUGUAAAACUGUUUGAACCAGUUCUGAGAACUAUUGCAACACUGACGCUCAAGCUCCUGUUCUCAUGACAACCUUCUUUGUUAUUAUGCAGUUAUUUUGAAACAUGUUGAGACGGUGCCAUUGAAACAGAAAUUUCUGCUCGAAUUCUCUUAUUUACUAUUGUUGAUACAUUUUUACACUUGCAUAUUAUUUUUAAUAUUGAUAAUUACAGACAUAAUAAUUGAAUUAUUUUAAAUAUUGUUUUAAAAGCUUAAGUUGUUUUGUUAAGUGUUUUGACUGACACCUGCAAAUUAAAGAAUUCAUUAUGAUGUGCAGUUAAUAGCAGUGCAAUUAUUUAUUUAUUUUACUCACUGCAAGUUUAAACGAUAGUAUGUAAACAAACGAAAAAGUAAGUGUUGGUUAAAUAUUUUUUGUCUGUCUUAUAAAAGUAACGCAUAGACGAUAAAAUAUUAUUGAAUCGUUUAGUCUUUCAUUAUUUCGUAAUUGCAUUCUUGUAUUGUAUUAUUUGUACGGAAAGUUUCUUUAUAAGAAAUUUGACCUAGACUGAUUUUCUAAUAUAAAAUAAUUUUAGAGCAACACGUGUUUAUUUUCUUCGGUUAAAUAUUAUUAAAUGUUUAAAAUUGCUUUGCAUUUUGAAAUAAUGGCUUUUACCGGCGUUUCUUCCAGUUUUUUAAAAAGUAAUUUUAUAAGUCUCGGGAAAAUGUAUUUUCACAUAUCAUGAUAUCUUUUUAUAUUUAAAGAUGGAACAUUCCGUCAUCUUACCUGUCGGACAUAUCAAUGCGGUAUUUUUUUAAAAUAAUAAUAAAUAACAACAUAUCUUAGGAUUGUUUUGUGGAAAUUUCUCGAUUGAUCACUAAAGUUGUACUCUGAGCGUUUGCUUUAAUAUUCCGGAUGUAAUUUCAUUGUUUGUGAAAUUUCGCACAAAAUUUACAUCCGUGCUGGCAGCAUUUUUUCAUCAUCUCUUCAUAACAACAUUGGUAGUUUUAGUAUAAAUAAUUAAUGCACAAUUAUUUUUAGUAACGAAAAGUUUAGAAUGCUUGAAACUUUUUGAAAUGGUUCUGCGAACAUCAGGCAUGUUUUCCACACAAAUAUUUAUUAUGUCAUAAUGUUUUGAAACAGUUCAUUUCAAAGAUAUUUCGUGGUUUGUUUUCCUAGUCUUUAGAAUUUUUUUGUAUUGUGUUACUUUCAGUACUGAUGCUUGAUUCAGGCUUAUCCUGUUCCCGUUUGAUGUUUACAUUUCUCCGAAACAUCUUGUCAUUUUUUGUACAAUGAUCUGAGAUUUUUUAAUGUUCUUACUCGAUGAAAUAAAAGACUAAUAUUACAUUU